AUGACGCCCACUGGGCGGCAAAAUUCCCCUAUCCCUUCAGUUCCCAGCAACACAGCCACCAAGAACGGACUGCGCGCCAAUUCUACCUACAAAGGCCCGCCAUCAUGGCAAAAUUUUGAUGACCAUCUGUCUUGGAACCGAAAACCCACGCGAUUCCUAUCCUUCGGUACUUGGAAGCGGGCCAUGCAGCGACGGAAAGAACUGGAAAGGGAGGGGAAAACGGAUAUUGUUGUGAUCGCUGUAUGGGUAGAGCAUUUAUCAGGUGUAUACAGCGCAGAGGAGGUCGCAGCCAGGCUUGGAUAUUCUGAUACAGGGCUGGAUCGUCGGAGGAAGCUAUGGCAGCACCGUGACGAAUACCUUGUUGAAGGCGGCAUUGUGGCUGAUGAAUAUCGUGUCCUUGCCAUCUUCGAGGGUGGGGGGCCUGAACGUAAUGUCGUCUUCGCAUGCCCUUUUUAUGAUAUAUCAACAACAAUUCCGAGCGGAUUUUUCCCUGGGCGGAGAUCAAAUAACGCAUUGGAGGAUAUAGAAUAUGAAAUCUACAGUCAUUCAGGGGUUCGCGAUGAUAUGAAGCGAGAUGAGCUUGUGAAAGCAAUCACUGGGAAUCCCCAGUUUUUUCCGACCAUCCGGUACAAGUAUCCGGGCCAAAGUGAAACACUUGGGUCUUAG